CGGCGGCGGGCGGCGGUGGUGAUAGAGGCAGCGGCUGCCGCCCGUUUCCUGCUGGCCUGGCGGCGGCUGGUGCCACUGCUCAGCGUUAGGCGGGCGGGAGAAUAAUGCGGCGCAGGUCUCGGCUGCUGCUCUGCUUCGCUUUCCUCUGGGUGCUGGGGAUCGCCUACUACAUGUACUCUGGGGGAAGCGCCGCGCUGGCCGGGGGCGGCAGGAAGGAGGAUCCAAAUAAUAUCAACAUAUUAAAAAAGAAAGAUCAACACAGCAAUGGGGAUGAAAAGUCACAAAACAUGGAGACCCUGCCUCCAGGAAAAGUUAGGUGGCAAGACUUUGACCAGGAUGCUUAUGUUGGAGUCACUAUGGUCAAAGCUGGUCAAGACCCAUAUGCCCGCAAUAAGUUUAAUCAAGUGGAGAGUGAUAAAUUACGAAUGGACAGAAAUGUUCAGGACACAAGGCAUGAUCAGUGUCAACGCAAACAAUGGCGGGUAGACUUACCAGCCACUAGUGUAAUCAUCACUUUUCACAAUGAGGCCCGAUCAGCUCUCCUUCGAACUGUCGUCAGUGUUCUCAAAAAAAGCCCACCACAUCUUAUUAAGGAAAUUAUAUUAGUAGAUGACUACAGCAAUGAUUCUGAGGAUGGUGCUUUAUUAGGUAAAAUUGAGAAAGUGAAGAUACUUAGAAAUGACCGCCGGGAAGGUUUGAUGCGUUCUCGUGUUCGAGGGGCAGAUGCAGCACAAGCAAAAGUCCUUACGUUCUUGGAUAGUCACUGUGAAUGCAACGAGCACUGGCUGGAGCCUCUCCUGGAGAGAGUAGCGGAGGAUAAGACCCGCGUUGUAUCCCCUAUAAUUGAUGUAAUUAAUAUGGACAAUUUCCAGUAUGUGGGGGCCUCGGCUGAUUUAAAAGGCGGCUUUGAUUGGAAUCUGGUAUUCAAGUGGGAUUACAUGACACCUGAGCAAAGAAGAGCACGGCAAGGAAAUCCAGUUGCUCCCAUAAAAACACCAAUGAUAGCUGGUGGACUUUUUGUGAUGGACAAACCUUAUUUUGAAGAGUUGGGGAAGUAUGAUAUGAUGAUGGAUGUAUGGGGUGGAGAAAACCUAGAGAUUUCAUUUCGUGUGUGGCAAUGCGGUGGGAGUCUUGAAAUCAUCCCAUGUAGCCGAGUUGGUCAUGUCUUCCGCAAGCAACAUCCUUAUACCUUUCCAGGAGGAAGUGGGACUGUUUUUGCAAGAAAUACACGCAGAGCAGCAGAAGUCUGGAUGGAUGAAUACAAAAAUUUCUAUUAUGCAGCAGUGCCUUCUGCCAGAAAUGUACCUUAUGGCAAUAUUCAAAGCCGAAUGGAGUUGAGAAAGAGACUUAACUGCAAACCAUUCAAGUGGUACCUUGAAAAUGUAUAUCCUGAAUUGAGGGUACCUGAUCACCAGGACAUAGCUUUUGGGGCUUUGCAGCAAGGAACCAAUUGCCUUGACACAUUAGGCCAUUUUGCAGAUGGCGUUGUCGGUGUUUAUGAAUGUCAUAAUGCUGGGGGAAAUCAGGAAUGGGCCUUAACAAAGGACAAGUCAGUGAAGCAUAUGGAUUUGUGCCUUACGGUGGUGGAUCGAGCUGCUGGAUCACUCAUCAAACUUCAGGGCUGCAGAGAGAAUGAUAGUAGACAGAAAUGGGAACAAAUAGAAAGCAAUACCAAACUGCGGUACGUGGGCAACAACUUGUGUUUAGACAGCCGAAAUGCCAAAAACGGUGGCCUGACUGUUGAAGUGUGCAGUCCUUCGCUGUCACAGCAGUGGAAGUUCACACUGAAUCUACAGCAGUAGAAACGCUCGGACAGAAGUAACUGUCUCGUUUCCUAAACCUUGGGCAACAUUUUGAUUGCAUUACUGAUACUUUAUAUACCUCAGUAUUCCAUCUUUGUCUGAAAAGUAAAAGUGAACAUAAGGAAAUCAAAGGAACUGGGGAUCCUGCCACCAUCUAAUCAAACGUAGCUGAAGCAGUGCUCAUCAUCCCCACCCCGCUUCCAUCAAGGACUGUUGGCUCCUCUCCACCUUCAACCCGGUAUUUUCUGAGCAGACGAUUAACAUCCUUAGAAACCACAGGUACAUGAUAGAAACCUGCUUUCAACACAGGGAAGGGAAGGGCAUACUUGGGAGGGAAGUGGCUGGAAGAACCUCACGAGCAGUCUCCCUUUACAUAAAAAAUAGGUGUUUGUGGUAGUCCAGCAGUCAAAAGCAUCAUUCAGAAGGUUUUGCCAUGUGUGCGUGGUAUAUCGGACCCUGGAUUUUUUUUCUAUGAGACUCUAGAUAUAAACGCUAUAUAUAAAUAUAAAUAUAUAAAUAUAUAUAUAAAAUAUAUAUUGUCAAAAUUUACAACUUUCUAUCAAUUUUUCAUCAUCCUGUAAUUUAUCAACAAAGCGUUUUAACACUUGACUGGAACAUAGAUUGGACAGUUGCGGAAGAACAACAUUUUUGUGAAGAUGCGAGUUUGUGCCGCUGCCUUGUGUUCACACGCAAACACUGGAUGCUUCUGCUUUGUAAAGUGUGCCUUUUUUUACUUUUUUUUUUUUUUUUUUGCACUUCGUUCUCCUGAAAGUGGUCAGACCUCCGUUGCAGAGGUUGAUGGAAUGGCAGAAAGAGGCUUGCCCGCUUCAUCUCACCAGCAUAAGCGUCACCUUCUGUUCAAGGAAUUCCAUGCCGUGUGCUCUGGAUAACUCUUGUGUAUUUGUACUGAGCAACUUUAGACUCCAUUGUGUUGAAAACAAGGUUUAAAAAAAAACACACACACAGCUUUGGGGCUUCGGUUCUUGGUUUCUCCUCUUUACCGUUUCUUACUCCUUUUGGAAAGUUGUCGGAAUGACAGAUAGCACAAGACCCACAAAUAGCCUUCUUGUGAAAUCACAAGCAAGCCUAUUACAAAUGACCAACGUUGCAGCUGUGAGGCAUCUGCUCUUGAGUAUCAUGGUUUGAGGUUUUUCUUUAUGUCUUGUCACUAUGUCUCAACAUUGGUGCAGAAGUAAAACUUUGGAAGUGGUGGCCCCAUUCUGCUAUUUCUGUAUUGGAGCAAUGCCAUCUCUGCAUGUAUUGUCCUCAUCAAGUGGUUUUUUUUUUUUUUUAAAAAAAACACAGUUUAUGUAAAAUUUUAAACAGAGAAAUGAAAACGUUCACAGAACAUGCCCUUCUUCCCAAUGAUUACAAAAUGACAAAAGGUAAAUUAUUAUGCAAUCAUUCCUUGACAGUGUUCAUCUCCAGUGUUCUACCUGUGUUUGAGUAUUCUGUAAAGUGCAUUUUUCCAUGACGGCCACAAUAUUCGUUGCAAAAAAAAUGGGCAUCUUUCCACUCAGAUGAGGACUCUAGUUUUGCAAUGUUUCAGAUAAGCCGGUGAACCUUUGAAUUUAUAUGGCCUGCUUGUGGUGUCUGUUGAUACUAUAUUGAGAUACUACAUUGUUUUAAUUAAGAAUGAUGAUUCCAUUGAUGGGCUCAAUGUGAAUAUUAUUCUUUUCUGAACUAAAUUUGCCUCCCUGUGAUUAAAACCUCUCGUGUAAUUAUGUCCCUGACAGGAAAAAAUAAUAAAUGCAGUCUUUUUUUUUUUUUGAAAUUCAUUCUUUUUAAGGCUGCCCAAGUCAUGAGAUGAAGGUAACAUUCAUUUAUAAAACUGGGACAUUGGGGGAGAGCACUGAAGUGCUUAUUAAGUAGGCAACUAAUUAUAAACCAGGACUUUGGAGAAAGAACUUUUGAAGAUGAAGCUAAAUUGUAAAGGGUUUUUUUGAGAGGUGGAGGUAGAAGCUAUCCAUAAAUAGCUGGUUUUGAAUUCUGAAAAGCUACUAGCUCGAUUAAUAUUUAAGCAGGUGUGUUAGCAGGAUUUCCAAAAAGUCUUAAAUGUUAUCUGUGUGUUGUAUUCAAGUUCUAGGGAUGAAAGUGAUCAUUAGGCAUGGAUGCUGGAUCAGAAAAUGCAGUAAUGUGAUGCUAGCUAUGUUUACAUGACACAGUGUGCCAAAGUUAUUUACUGUGACUACAUUCUUUUUUUUUUUUUACACAACUAUGAACUUCAUGUGUAUUGUACCAAGCACUGCUUUUGCACCCCUCCUUAUCAGUGCAAAAAUACUAAAUACCUUGUUGGAAAAGAUUUUCAAGCAAAUUGAAGAUACGCAGAAGCAGUCAGUGGUAGGUUUUGAAGUUAGAUGCAGGAAAUAGUUAAAUCUUUCCUCGAUCUUUUUUAUUAUAAACUACCAGGAAAUUUAAUAACCAGUUACCAUGUCAUCUCUGUCCUAAUCUUAAGCUACUUUAAAGCAAAAAUAAUGGUGGUACAUGUACAUUUCCUUUUACCAAUUAAAUGUGGUUUAGAAAAUUAUUUCUGUUGGUUCUUUAAAAUCUGCUGUACAGAGCUUGUACUUUGUUCAUUUUAUAGAUGGAAACCAUCCUUGAAAAAAACUGUUUGUUUAACUUAAGAAAAUAAAUACUUUAUAGAUAAG